AUGGUGGGAGCGUGCUCGGUUAGCUGGAGACUAACUUUGGGUGGAGUGAGUUGGAGAGUGCAUGGACGUCUCUCCUUUUGGCCAUGUGGGACACACCGUGAUGUCAUUUUUUCUAAAAUCAAGAAAAUGGUUGCCUGGGGUUACGUGGCGGUUCCAGACCUGUGUGAGGCUGCAGAGGAAGCUGACCUGCUGGUGUUUGUGGUCCCGCAUCAGUUCAUAGGGGGGCUGUGUGAGGAGAUGGGGGGCUGUGUCUCUGCCGGAGCCCGGGGAAUAACGCUCAUUAAGGGGAUCCACGUGGGUCCUGAGGGCCUGAGGCUUAUCUCUGACGUCAUUCGGGAGAAGAUGGGGAUUGACGUUAGCGUUCUUAUGGGAGCAAACAUUGCCAAGGAAGUGGCAGCCGAGAAGUUCAGUGAAGCAACUAUUGGCUGCAGGAUUCUGGAGAACGGCCUGCUGUUCAAAGAGCUGAUGCAGACUCCAAACUUCCGGAUCACAGUGGUAGAUGAUGCUGACACGGUGGAGGUCUGUGGAGCUCUGAAGAACGUGGUUGCUGUGGCUGCUGGCUUCUGCGACGGACUGCAGUGGGGGGACAACACCAAGGCAGCUGUCAUCCGCCUGGGCCUGAUGGAGAUGAUAGCCUCAGCUAAACUGUUUUCUAAGAAGGACUCUAUCUCAGUGGACACAUUUCUAGAGAGCUGCGGCGUGGCUGACCUCAUCACUACCUGCUAUGGUGGUCGCAACCGGUGGGUAGCAGAGGCUUUUGCUAAAACAGGAAAGAGCAUUGAGGAACUGGAGGAAGAGAUGCUGAAUGGCCAGAAGCUCCAGGGUCCUGCCACCUCAGCUGGUGUUCACCACCUCCUCCAACAGAAAGGCCUGCUGCACAUGUUCCCUCUGUUCACAGCAGUCUAUCAGAUCUGUUAUGAGAAGAGGCCAGUCCAAGACAUGAUCUCCUGCCUCCAGAACCACCCUCUGCACAAGUAG